AGUCAACAUUUAGCAUAUUCAUGAAAAUACAUAUAUUAUACCUUAUUUAAAAGCAUUUAUUUAGUUUCAAACACUACAAACAAAACUGUUUAGUCGCAGGAACAGUUGGAAAGUAUCUACUCUGACGUCUAUGACCAGCCUAAUUUUGUUAUGAAAUGUAAAUAUUUAUAUUUGGCGGAUGUUUCAAAGUAGCGGGAAACUAACAUAGUUUUGUAAACGUCUGAGCAAAUUGUUUUAUACUAAAAUUAAAUUAUAUUGAUUGGAUUCACUAGUGUAGAUAGCAUUAUGAGUACAUUAAAAAGAGUAAAAUCGCCAAUGGAGCAACAAAAUGAAACUUCUACAAAGAAGUUAAGAAUUAGUAAUAAUGAGAUAAAAUCAUUUGAUAUUGAUGGUUUUAGUACUACAGAGUUGGAAAACUUUUUUGACAGUGAUGAUGACUUUGAUGCAAUUAUAAAUAGCAAAAACUUAUCAGUGCCGCAAGGUAAACUUUUAGAUCUUAGUAAAUGGCAACGAUGCAUUGUAGUGGAAGUGGAGCGGGAACGAUCUACUUUCGAUUUAGUGCUACAAGUGCGCUUAGCCAACUGCGAACAAGUGGAGAAUUUCGACAAGGAAUAUAACACUGUAUUGACAAAAUGCCGCCUGCAGCAACAGUGGAGCCACACUGAUGUUAAGAAAGAUGACAUUAUCUCCCUAACAUGCUUGUGGGAUCAAAAAUUGAUGUGCUAUAAAGUAAAUAAUGAGCAUGGAUUUUGUGUCACUAACCCUGACACAUUAAUUUCUAGUACUAGUGUAGUUGGCUCGCUUUUCUGCCGUAGAAAAGCAGUGCUGCAGGAGCGCUUCAAGGGAAUUGAUGCCAACAGCAAAAUUAUGGUAGUGGGGUCAAUGGUACAUGAAAUGUUGCAGUUGGUACUACAGAAAAACCUAAGAAACGCAGAUGAUAUUGAGUCCACUGCUAGAAAAUUAUUACACUCCAAGGAAACAGCUUAUGAACUUUAUGCGAAUUUAAUGUCACGUGAUGAUCUAGAAUUUGAAAUGCAAAAGUUUAUACCAAAUGUGAUAAGUUUUGUAGAACAAUACAUUAAAGGCAAUCAACCAAAUGUGCGUCUUAAAGACACUUUCCAAGGUACUAUUGAACACAUACAGGACAUUGAAGAGAAUGUUUGGGUGCCACAACUCGGUUUGAAAGGUAAAGUAGACGUAUCGGUGCGCAUCAAGCAACGAAAACAUGAAAAAGCCACAAAUGCUAUACCGUUAGAAUUGAAAACUGGACGCGCCACUUUUUCAAUGGAGCAUAAGGGUCAGGUUAUGUUAUACCAAAUGAUGCUAACUGCAAUUGGACGUGAAACGAAUUCCAGUUUAUUACUUUAUUUACGUGAAGGCAUAAUGCGCGAGUUACGUGGAACCCGUAAUGAACAGCGUGACCUUAUAAUGUUACGUAACGAUUUAGCGCGCUAUAUAUCAUACCUUAGUGAUAUAUCAGCAACUAAUACAACGGCCGUAGCAACUGAAGAAGAGGACAAAUUUUUACAGCCCUUAAAGUUGCCGGAACCAAUUUCACAUCACAGCGCCUGUGGCAAUUGUGAAUAUGCAACAGUUUGCUGCACUUUCGCCAAGACUGACCCAGAACUACAUUUAAGAAAAGGUCAUCCUUUAUUAACAGUUAUGCACAAUGUCACCGAACACUUACAAAUAGAUGAUUACAAGUAUUUUAUGCACUGGUGUCGUUUGCUUGCAUUAGAAGAACAUGAAAUGAAGAAGUCGAACAAUUUGCGGUCUCUUUGGACCAGUACACCAGAACAACGUAAGAAAAAAGGUCUUGCAAUUGUGGAUGUGCAGCUGAAAAACAUUACUUGUGAGGGAACGCAUUAUUUAAACAAUUUCAUGAUAGCGGCAACUGGCGAUAAUAGAGACGCGGAUUUAUUGUUGAGUGGUUUCUCUAUCGGCGAAUAUGUGAUAAUCAGCACACGCAAACGGCUAGCUGUGGCAGCUGGCUCAAUUGUCAAUAUGACAAGUGCCGAAAUUACCGUUAGUCUCGAACGCGAUCUGAAGAAAAACUAUGCAAACGUUGCAUUUAUCAUCGACAAACACGAAUCGCAAUCAGGCAACUCAUUCAAUUUCACAAAUGUCAGCUUGUUGUUGGAUAAUAACGAGCGUGCGAAAAUAUUGCGGGAUAUUAUAGUGCAACGCACACAACCUACUUACCGCAAAGUACUGCCAAAAAUUGUUGCAACUGCGGGUGCAGCUAUACUUAAACAACUGAAUUCGGUGCAACGAUCUGCCGUACUCAAGGCACUAACUGUAGAAAGCUAUAUGCUAAUCAAAGGCCUGCCAGGCACAGGCAAAACGCAAACCCUCGUGGCUAUUGUGCGCCUAUUACAUUUGAUGGGUAAAUCGGUGCUCAUCACCAGUCAUACACACUCCGCAGUCGACAAUUUGUUGGUGCGCUUGAAAGCACACAAACUGCCAAUACUGCGUUUGGGCUCCGGUGCGCGUAUUAACGCCGAGCUGCAAGAGUUUGGCGAGCGCACUUUAUUACAAGAUUGUGCGUCUAUCGAAGAGUUAACGCAAAAAUAUAAUUCGUACAAUAUUGUGGGUGUCACUUGUCUAGGCUCAGCGCACCCGCUGUUUUUACAUAGAAAAUUUGAUUUUUGCAUAGUUGAUGAAGCCACACAGGUUAUGCAGGCGACAACGCUGCGUCCGCUCUUCUUUUGUGAUAAAUUUAUAUUAGUUGGGGAUCCCGAACAGCUGCCGCCUCUGAUACGUUCAAAAGAGGCACGGCAACUGGGUGCAGACGAAUCACUUUUUGAGCGCCUCGACACCAAAACCGCCACAGCUGUGCUGACACUGCAAUAUCGCAUGAAUAAAACCAUAACACGACUGGCCAACGAACUCACCUACAAGGGUGCACUGCAAUGUGCCUCUAAGGAGGUUGAGCUAGAUGCGCUUCAAGUGAAUUUGUCGAGAGACAAAAAACCUGCAAAGUGGUUACAGCGCGCCUUGCAAACACAUAUAGAUCAAGCGGUGUACUUAUUGGACACGAAUGAUUGCAUUGAACGGCUCAACGCUUUUAACAGCGGCGAAAAGAGCACCGCGCUACUCACUGCCGCUGCUCGUUUUAUUGACAAGGAGGAGCGUAAGGAAAGCGUGCCAUCACCAACUGAUAAUGAAAAACAAAAUAAAAGCGCCAAGCGUAUAUCCAAAUACACAAAUUACUGCGAAGCUGCAAUUAUCAUGCAUAUAGUUGAGCAAUUACUGUUGGCAGGUUAUGCGCCAGCACGUAUUGGCGUGAUUGCGCCGUAUCGCGCACAAGUGGAGCUGUUGCGUAACUUAACUGCACAGUUUGAGCUUCACCACAAUACCGAAACGUCGAAGCUGAGUUUUUCCUCGGUCGAAGUCAACACCGUUGAUCAAUAUCAAGGGCGGGACAAAGAUAUUGUACUCUUUUCUGGAACGCGCACUGGUACUGUGGAUGCAAAUGAACGUGCGCGCGAAGCAGAAAUUCUGGAGGACAAACGUCGCCUUACUGUGGCGAUUACACGCGCCAAACGCAAGCUGCUGCUGGUUGGCGAUGCUGCGUGCUUGACUAAAUAUACGCCUUUUCACCUGCUGCUCGAGCACAUUCCCAGCUACUGCAAGUUGCAGCUGGAGGAUGGUAAGCUUGGCUUCGAAUGGCAGACACUAUUGAAUAAUAUGUCUAGCAUUAUUAAGACUUAACAUGUUCGGCUUAAUUUAAGCAUCUUUAUCGUUUUAAGCAUGACAUUAUUAUAUUAUUUCGUUGCAAUGAUUAUGCAAAUUCACGGAAAAGCUGGAAUUCUGUACUGAUUUGUCCAACGCUGUGGGAUGCGCGGCACGUAUUUAUGAUUUUCCAUUUUGUAUUUUUCCGGUUCAUUGAUGUUAUGAAGUUUGAAUUUAAUUGUUGUUGGUGAGUGCAACUGUGAAUGAUUACGUUUUUGAUGUUGGUCAUUUAUUUUUGCUAUAAAAUUAUUUAUUAAUUGGCUUACAUCUUCGUCUUUGCCACAUAGCGCAUCUAUAAUACAGCCCAUUUUCUAUGUUUUUUUUUAUACUUAUUUUGAUUAUUUUAAGGAAUGUUUUAUUUAUACAAAAAAUAUUAUUUUGACAUAUUUUUUAGCACUAACGUCUCACUUGAGUAUAAAAAUUCUAAAUAUAUCAAGUUCUAUAUUAAGAGCCGAAGGUCGCUCUAGUUUUCUCCAACCGCAUUUAUUUAAUGUUUCAAAUCCAAGGCUGCCGUUCAUUUGCGAUGAAGGCGAUUUCAGUUCCAGCAAAUCAAUGCAGGAAUAGGUUAAGAAAACAGCUCAGAUCUGUAAAACUUUUGAUUAGAUUUUUAGAACUAUCUCUGCUGCAUGUUCCUUCGAUUAGGAGUUCAAACAGGGCAUAACCAAAGGGCAUCAGAAUUUUUAUACGAUUUAUUAAUGUUGACUUGACAGCAUUCUUAAAAAAUAGUUGGAAACCGUUUUAAGUCAAAUAAAAAUAAAUUCGGACUUGUACAGUGAUCUUUUAGCUUCAA